AUGCUUUUUUACAGGGCACCGAAGCCCAACCUGCGAUUCUACGCGACAAAAAUCCCUCCGGCAUCAUCCACACCCAGUCCUUCCAAUCCAAACAAGCGCCAACCCCAAGACCUUACGCCUUCUGACCUCUGUUCUUACUGGGAUACAAAACCCCCCAAUGACGCGCAAUUGACCUUCGCCAACAAGUUAUUCACUCCCUCCAACCACGGGCCUAUCAAGCUCUGGUCCGCCAGCAAAUUUCGCACAACACCGCUCUCCUCAAUAACACCGGAAGUGGCCUUCCUAGGUCGGUCAAAUGUCGGGAAGAGCUCGCUGUUGAACGCGAUCAUGGGCCGAGAAAUGUGUUGGACAUCUUCGAAACCAGGUCGGACGAGGGAGAUGAACGCAUUCGGCAUUGGAGGCACCAAGAGCGGGGAGUCGAAGGUAGUGCUACUAGAUAUGCCGGGGUACGGCAAGUCCAGUCGACCAGAAUGGGGAAUGGAGAUUAUGAAGUAUCUCCAAGGACGAAAGCAACUGCGCCGAACAUUCGUCCUCAUCGACAGCCUCCACGGCAUCAAGCAAAACGACGCGGAUAUUCUCAGUCUUCUCCGAAGCUAUGCUAUUCCACAUCAAAUAAUUCUUUCCAAAGUUGACAAGGUCCUUGCCAAGAAGAAGUCCCAAAUCAAAUCUGGAGUGUCGGCAUGCAGCAUCCAGCAGCUUCAGAGCAUGCUCCAAGACCUUAAACCUACUAUCCAGCCAAACCGGCGGGUCUCAGAAGGCCCCGGUGCUUUGGGGGAGAUUUUGACGUGCGGUGCCGAAACGUUGAUUGGCCCUGGUCAGGCCUUAGGAGUCAGUGCUGUUCGCUGGUCAAUCUUGUCCGCGGCUGGACUUGACGGAAGCUUAGAGCAAGCCAACAUCGCUCCCACACCUGCGCCUGAAUUUCCAGCCGCAUCGUCAUGA